AUGGCGGCGGCGCUGCUGCUGUGCUCCGCCCUGCUGCUGUGCUCCGCCCUGCUGUGCGCGGCGGUGGGCUGCGCGGGCGCGGCGCUGAUCCCCCCCGCGGCCGACGUGAAGGUGGAGGUGCUGCACAAGCCUUUCCUCUGCCACAGGAAGACCAAGUGGGGGGACAUGAUGCUGGUUCACUACGAGGGCUUCUUGGAGAGGGACGGCUCCAUGUUUCACUCGACUCACAAGCAUAACAAUGGGCAACCUAUGUGGUUUACACUUGGCAUAAGGGAAGCUCUCAAAGGCUGGGACAGAGGGUUGAAGGACAUGUGUGUGGGAGAGAAACGGAAGCUAACUAUUCCACCAGCCCUUGCUUAUGGAAAAGAAGGGAAAGGAAAAAUUCCACCUGAGAGCACAUUGAUUUUCAACAUUGACCUUCUAGAAAUUAGAAAUGGACCAAGGUCUCAUGAGUCAUUCCAGGAGAUGGAUCUUAAUGAUGACUGGAAACUAUCCAAGCAAGAGGUGAAAAUUUACCUGAAGAAAGAAUUUGAAAAGCAUGGAGCAGUGGUAAAUGAUACCCAGCAUGAUGCUUUGGUUGAAGACAUAUUUGAUAAAGAGGAUGAAGACAGUGAUGGGUUUAUAUCUGCAAGGGAAUUCACGUACAAGCAUGAUGAGCUGUAGAAAGAAAAGGGUGGCAUAAUUUUUUUUGACACAAAUAGCUGUGACUUAGACUGUCUGGUUCUCAUGUCAUCUGAAUUCUGUAUUUCAGAAUUGACAAUUGCUCUUGGCAAAAAGAGAAUUUCUAUUCGUUAUGUACAAGUGUUUUAAACUGUUUUAAAGUGUGAAAAUGUACCUCCUCUUAUACAGCAAAGACUUGCACAUCAGUGUUUUUUAAAUUUUGUAUUAAAUUAUUUUUCAGAAAUGUAACAGACUUUCCAGUUGUCAUUCAUUAUGAAAAUCAAAAUCCAGUUCAAUGACUUUUCUGUGAUUUGUUUGUGUGCCAAAAUCACUUUCAGCAGCUACCUUAUGUAUUACUUGUAGUCUGUGGCUUAGUUAUUUGACCUUCUUUCCUGAGUGUCACUGCUUAAAAAGCGGUGUGCUGACCUUGGGUUUUUUUCCUGCAGAUUUUUAAAAGAUAAAGUAGAAGGCAUCAGCAUCUCUCUGUACAGCUGAGAAACUGAUAUAAAGCUGAAUGAGAAGAGUGAUUAUCCUGUGCUGAUUUUGCCCUUCUAAAGGGAGAGUGUUACUACCAUGCCAGUAAUUGUCUGC